UUAAAAAAAAAUAUUUUUUUCGAAUUAAAAAAAUUGUUCUUAAAUUCGAAGUUUAUGCUUUUUAAACACUACAAAAUUGUAUUAUUUUAUUAAGAAUUGUCAAUUAAGCCAGAGACAGGUGCCUACAGCCAAAAUUAAGAAUUUUGGCCCGGCAAGGGUCCAAGUUCAUAGUUCCGGUACGGCAACCUGGCUGCGUUUCGCAACUGAGAGACAUAGCAGCGAACACCCUUGAUCUCAAAUAUUUGGAGUACUCCAUGGAUCCAAUCCGAAUUCCAGUUCCUCCCGUUCCUCUGUUUGUAGAAAAAUCAGAUCCACAAUCAAUUUCAGGACUGCGUUGUAUUAGAUUUAACUCUUCAAAUAAGUCAAAGUUAAAAAAAAGUCGAGAUCGUCCCCAGUCACGACCGUCACGACCUGGGCCGUUAACAUCAAGUCCUCACACGAUGGCGUCAGGAAAACUGAGAUUGGCCCAAAUUCAACCAGAACAAACGCCUUUGUUUUAUGAUCAAAUGAUCCAACCUGGUGGAAUGUCUUUGGAUACACGUGCCUUGACUCAGAAAUGGGUGUUUCAUAGCCAACCCACUCAUGCAAAGACUAUGUUAGAAACAUUCGACAAGAAUGCAAUGAUUCUUCCAGACCAUACAAAAAUUCAACAAUCGUACAAACAGAAUCAUUCAGGCGACGAUGACGAAAACUCGGAUGGCAAGCUUCCUUCUCCACUGAAAGACUGAGUACCUCUUCCUCUUAUCUAAAACCACAUCAUAACGUCAACAGAACAUGUGUUGAGAGCACUUCAGCUGAACUCUGCAUACUUCUUCCACAUGCUUGACCCUGAAUUAUGAAAAUAUAUAAUUAAAAUUACGGACUAGGUGGAUAACUAUACUAAUUUAAAUAUUACUUAAUCAACAAACUGUGAAACCUUAAAUUCAAUCAAGUGUCACU